AUGGGCGAUCACAUAGGUCCGAACGGCAGCGACGACGAUCUCGACUACGGCGACAAUAUUGAUCUAGACUACGGCGACCAUCUUGAUCUGGACGACGGCGACCAUCUUGAUCUAGACCAUAGCGACCGUAAUGACCUAAACAACGGGGGUCAUGACGAUCUAUAUCAUAGCGAUCAUAAUGAACCGGACUACAGCAAGAUUUGUGAUGCCUUAACUAGAACUUUGGCGGUUAUCAGUGAAGUUACCUCAACCUUUAUCUGUAACCUCGAUGAAGAGAGCUACGAGAAUCUUAAUGGUAUUGUGAAAGAAUCGAUCAGAAAAAUGGAAAAUAUCUCGCAGAUGUUGGAUGACCGGGCUCGACACAACGAAAGUGAUGCCGAGUCAUCUUAA